AGGGGCCAUGGGCGGGGAGCUGGUGCCAGGCCUGGGGGCCCUGCAGAGGCGCAAGCAGCUGCUGGAGCAGGAGAAGUGGCUGGCUGGCUGGGCCCUAGUGCUGGCGGGAACUGGCGUCGGACUCAUGGUACUACACGCGGAGAUGCUAUGGUUCGGAGGGUGCCCGUGGGCGCUCUACCUGUUCCUGGUUAAAUGCAUGAUCAGCAUUUCCACCUUCUUGCUCCUUUGUCUUAUCGUGGCAUUUCACGCCAAAGAGGUCCAGUUGUUCAUGACCGACAACGGGCUCCGGGACUGGCGCGUGGCGCUGACCGGGCGGCAGGCGGCGCAGAUCGUGCUGGAGCUGGUUGUGUGCGGGCUGCACCCAACGCCGGUGCGGGGUCCGCCGUGCGCCCAGGGUUUGGGGUCCCGGUCCAUGGCGACGCAGUCCUGGCCGGGCUUCCUGGAUGAGGGCGAGGCACUGCUGUCGCUGGCCAUGCUGCUGCGCCUCUACCUGGUGCCCCGCGCCGUCCUCCUGCGCAGCGGCGUCUUGCUCAACGCGUCCUACCGCAGCAUCGGCGCCCUCAACCAGGUCCGCUUCCGCCACUGGUUCGUGGCCAAGCUGUACAUGAACACGCACCCCGGCCGCCUGCUGCUCUGCCUCACGCUUGGCCUCUGGCUCACCACCGCCUGGGUGCUGUCGGUGGCCGAGAGGCAGGCCAUUAAUGCCACCGGACACCUUUCAGACACACUGUGGCUGAUCCCCAUCACAUUCCUGACCAUUGGCUAUGGAGACGUGGUGCCAGGCACCAUGUGGGGCAAGAUUGUUUGUCUCUGCACUGGAGUCAUGGGGGUCUGCUGCACAGCCCUGCUGGUGGCUGUGGUGGCCCGGAAGCUGGAGUUUAAUAAGGCAGAAAAGCAUGUGCACAACUUCAUGAUGGACAUCCAGUACACCAAAGAGAUGAAGGAAUCAGCUGCCCGAGUGCUGCAAGAGGCCUGGAUGUUUUACAAACACACACGCAGGAAGGACCGUGGGGCCGCCCGCAAGCACCAGCGCAGGCUGCUGGCCGCCAUCAACAGGUUCCGCCAGGUGCGGCUGAAACACAGAAAGCUCCGGGAACAAGUGAACUCCAUGGUGGAUAUCUCCAAGAUGCACAUGAUCCUGUGUGACUUGCAGCUGGGUCUGAGCAGCUCACAUCAGGCCCUGGAGAAGCGGAUGGAUGCACUGGCAGGGAAGCUGGACACCCUGACUGAGCUGCUUAGCACUGCCCUGGGGUCGAGGCAGCUUCCAGAACCAAGCCAGGAGGCCACGUAGCUGGACCCAUGGAGGAAGAACCAAGCUACUUUCCCCAGGACUGAGGUGGAGGACAUUGUCCCUGCUACUCCUGACCCAGCCCUAUGAAUAAAGCACCUCAAGUGCAAGGACCAAAGGGGCCCCACCUUAGGGUGGGCUCACUCACUGAUGGCUGCUGGAGACGACACUGGCUCAAGGAGAAAGGCUGUGGCCACACACACACACCCAAACCCCUGCCCCAAAUGGGAAAAUGGUCACUACUACCCCA